GUGAGGUGGGAGGGGAAGGGAGAAGCGGAGCAAUCCACGAGAACUGGUGAGGGUGAGAAGAGAGGAGAGGAGAGGAGAUAUGGACAACAUAACGGCGAGCGAGCUGGCUGGUUUCGGGGUUGGUACUCUGCUCCUCUGUGCCACAAUUGCUGCGCCCAAAAUCGAUUCUUUCAUCUCUGCUACACAGCGGAGGUCUCUGGGUAUGUGCAAGAGAUGUGGUGAUCUGAGGUUAAUAGCAUGCUCCACUUGUAGAGGAGUCGGGUCAGUUAAAGUGGGAGGGCCUAUCAGGUUCGAUUUCAUGGAUGAUGUAUUCCGGUCUCUCGGGGGCGGUGAAUCCGAUGCCAAGACCACUCAGUGCACGAAAUGCCGAGCAAGGGGCCACUUUCGAUGCCCAGAUUGCUCCACAUCUUAACAGCAACACUCACUGCCUGUGGCAUCCUCUGCGAUAUCAUGAGUAUUAGUAUAUGCAGUUGCACUCAUAUAAUACUCCUCUUUUUCUUUCAUCUUCUCAGUUUCACAUUCUGCCACAGAGUUCCAUGAUAUCGGUUAAUCUGCGAUGUUGGCAACACGAAGUCUCAUUGUAUGAUAAAGAAGCUUUGGGUUCGGAGCUCAACUCAUGAGCCUUGGAGCUGGACCUACUCUCCUUAUGAUAUUUGAUUAAGCAGCUGUCUCGACAAUAAGAAUUAAGGUUAUGAACUGAUGACAAAUUCAUGCUUAUUGUUACACGAGGACAAACACGUCAUCUCAUUUGAUCCCCAUGAAUAAGGUUGCGUUUGGUUUCAUAGUAGGAUUUUAAAAUUAUAUUUUAAUUUUGAUUUUGAGUGGAAUAAAUGGGGUCCACCCUUUGACUUUGUA